GAUAGAUUUGUAUAUACUGAUAAAAGAUACUAUGAUCUUCUAUCAUAUAAACCAGCCAUGGCCCUUGAUGGCGAUCCUGUUCUCCAGUUACCUUCUCUGAAGCCCAAGUUGUCUGCUUCUUGUUCUGCCUCUUGGCUCUGAAGCAACUUUACGUGUCACUUUGGAGGGUCUGACCUUGAAGAACAGCUUUGAUUUCUGCAACUCUCCAAUAUUACGGCUCCAAUUCUCAUCUGAAGAAGUUCUCUGCAUCUCCACUUCCACCAGUGAAUUGAAUCAUCCCUCUUCUCCACUUGUUUCAGCUUUGAUUUCCAUCAUAGUUCACACCAUCACUUCCUCCCCUGUUUUCUCUUUCCCCUGCUUAUGGCUCCUCCUGAUGUUGUGUGCAACAACAAUGAAGCUAUUGGCUUCACUAAUCUCUUCUCACUUUGUGAUGGAACGUUCGCCAUCAAUGGCGUCACAUUACUCUCGAAAGUUCCGGGAAAUGUUACCUUCAGUAGCUUUUCCACCAUAUGUCCCGCUUCCGAUGCUCCUCCAUCGCUCAUCAAGCAAGUCAAGUCUCGAUCCUCUAGAGGCGGCUUCCUCGGAUUCUCGCAACCGGCGGUGGCCGAUCGGCUGGUGAACUCGCUAGGCAAGUUCAGCAGCAGAAACUUCCUCAGCAUCUUUAGGUUCAAGACAUGGUGGUCGACCAUGUGGGUGGGAAGUUGCGGCUCAGACUUGCAGAUGGAGACGCAGUGGGUGCUCUUCCAAGUCCCCGAGCUGAGCUCCUACGUUCUCCUCCUUCCCUUGAUCGAAGGGAGAUUUCGGUCCGCCAUCCACCCAGGCAAUGACGACCACGUCCUCAUCUGUGCGGAGAGUGGAUCCUCUCAAGUGCAGGCUGAUUCCUUCAAAGCUAUAGCUUACAUCCAUGUCUGUGACAACCCCUACACCUUGAUGAAAGAAGCUUACAGUGCCGCAAGGGUCCAUCUCAACACGUUUAGGCUGAGAGAAGAGAAGGCAGUCCCUCCCAUAGUAGACAAGUUUGGUUGGUGCACUUGGGAUGCUUUCUACUUGACCGUCGACCCUGUCGGAGUGUGGCAUGGCGUGAAGGACUUCGUCGACGGCGGUCUUCCACCGAGGUUUCUUAUAAUCGACGAUGGCUGGCAAAGCGUCAACUUGGAUGGAGACAACCCCCUGGAGGACGCAAAGAACCUCGUGUUUGGAGGAGAACAGAUGACUGCUAGGCUCUACAGGUUCGAGGAGUGCGAAAGAUUUAGGAGGUACAGGGAAGGCACUCUCCUGAGUCCUGAAGCUUGUUCUUACGACAAGAACAGGCCUAAGAUGAUUCUAUGCAAAGCUAAAGAACUAGAGAAUGCUAAGAAGGCCAGGGAUAAGGCAAUCCGUGACGGGACAACUGAAUUAUCUGGUUUCGAUCGCAGAAUCGUCGAGCUCAAGAAAGAGAUCGACCAAAUGCUUGCAGACAGGGAAGAGCUGCCGGUGGAUCGCAGUGGGAGUUCCAGCAGUACUGGCUUGAGAGCUUUCAUCGAGGAUCUGAAGACAAAGUUCAAAGGACUGGAUGAUGUGUACGUGUGGCAAGCUCUCUGUGGAGCGUGGGGUGGAGUGAGACCUGGCAGCACCCAUCUUGACUCCAAGCUGGUGCCCGUCAACCUCUCUCCAGGAUUAGCUGGGACGAUGGACGAUCUCGCGGUCGACAAGAUCAUCGAAGGCGGCAUUGGCCUGGUUCGGCCGGACCAGGCGGCCGAUCUGUAUGAUUCCAUGCACUCCUAUCUCGCCAGCACCGGAGUGACCGGCGUCAAAGUGGAUGUCAUUCAUACACUGGAAUACGUGUGUGAAGAACAUGGAGGCAGAGUCGAGCUCGCAAAGGCUUACUACGAUGGCCUGUCGAGGUCCCUCGUCAAGAACUUCAAUGGAACAGGGAUCAUAUCCAGCAUGCAGCAGAGCAACGACUUCUUCUUCCUCGGAACUCGGCAAGUGGCCAUGGGCAGAACAGGUGACGAUUUCUGGUUUGAGGAUCCUCAUGGAGAUCCCAUGGGGAUCUACUGGCUGCAAGGAGCGCACAUGAUCAAUAACUCUUACAACAGCCUGUGGAUGGGCGAGUUCAUGCAGCCGGAUUGGGACAUGUUCCAGACCGACCACGCCUGCGCCGAAUUCCACGCGGCUUCGAGGGCCAUCUGCGGCGGACCCGUCUACGUGAGCGACUCGCUCGGCUGCCAUGACUUCAAUCUCCUCAAGAAGCUCGUCUUCCCCGACGGCACCAUUCCCAGGUGCCAGCAUCAUGCUCUGCCAACCAGAGACUGCUUGUUUAAGAACCCCCUCUUUGACGAGAAGACCAUCCUCAAGAUCUGGAACUUAAACAAGUUUGGAGGUGUCGUUGGAGCUUUCAAUUGUCAAGGUGCAGGGUGGGAUCCGAAGGAGAAGCGAGUGAAAGGUUACCCGCACUGCUACAAGCCGAUGGCAGGAGCUGUUCAUGUGACCGACGUCGAAUGGGCUCAGAAGAAGGAAUGCGGUGGGAUGGGCGAGGCUGACGAGUACGCUGUCUACCUGCACCAGGCGAAGGAGUUGUUGCUGAUGACUCCGAGCUCCGACGCCAUCCACUUCGGGUUGCAGCCAUCUUCCUUGGAGCUCUUCAACUUCGUGCCGGCGAGAAUGAUCGGUGGCGACUGCAAGUUCGCGGCGAUCGGGCUGGUGAACAUGUUCAACAGCGUGGGAACGUUACUGGAAGUCGAAGCAGGUGAGGGUGAGGGUGGGAUUGCUGUGAGGAUGAAGGUGAAGGGUGGAGGUGAGCUGAUGGCUUACUCCGACAGGAAGCCGGAGAGAAGCUAUGUGAAUGGAGUUGAGGUUGGAUUUGAGUGGGGAGAAGAUGGAAAGCUGAGAGUGGAUCUUGCUUGGGAGGAAAACAAUGGUGGUGUCUCUGAGGUCACAUUUGCCUACCGAUUCAUUGGGGAGAGCUAGUAGGAGCUUCCAUGUCUGCUCUAUCUUCUUCUCUCUUUGGCUUGUGUGCGGUUUCAUCCAUUGUCAAUUUAUGGUAAUAACUCCUUCAAGGUUUUGCAAUAAAUUAUAUAUUUGUUA